CCCGGACAAACGCGUGAGCGAACGCACAGUGAAACUAGACGGAGAACCGAUCGUAGCUGGUUAGCCUGGUCGUGUUUUCUCGCUUUAUGCACUGCGUAUCAGAGACAUACUGUAUAGUCUGUAUAUGACUACUGUAUAUAACUACCUGUGCGCUUCCCUCCUCUGAAAUCGCGCCUGGGAUAGAGGGAAGAAGUCACCGUUAAUUUCCAGAAGCGACCAUACAUCGAAAGCGGAGAGUCGCACGACGUGAAAAAAAGACUGGGCGAAUCUGCAACUUUUAUGGUCUGACUUCAGUUUCGCCCUCUUCGCUAAUCGGCUAUGUAUAUUUUGUGAAGAACUCAUCUAAAUAGAGACGAGUUUUUAUUUAUUUUUAAUACAGUCCUUCUAUUUUAGUGUUGGUGAUUUUAUGUUCACGCUGUCCAUUGGAAUAACAGUGCGACUAUGGCGAGAGACUACGCUCGAAAAUGCUUCGACUUUCCGAAUAAAUGUGGACUAGUUGUAGCACUGUUUCUCACGGUAUUUCAAGGUGCGGCCGGCCAGCGGGUUCAGGUGGACCCAGAGGUGGAGUCGUAUCCGGGCCAGACAGUCAAUCUGCGCUGUCAGUUUGUGAAUGGAGGCGAUAUUCGGCUCACACAGGUGUCGUGGAUCUGGGAGCCGAAGGAGGGGCAGAGGGAGAACAUUGCCGUCUUCCACCCGACGUUCGGGGCGAGCUACCCCGACUCCCCCCAGAAGGGGAGGGUGCAGUUCACCCACAGCUCCCUGGAGAACCCCUCCAUCAGCAUCAGCGAACUGCGUAUGACGGACGAGGGGAAGUACAUCUGCGAGUACGCCACCUACCCCAGCGGCAACGAGCAGGGCACCACCUCCCUCAUCAUGCUGGCUAAGCCCCGGAACUCCGCCUCGCCCGUCACGGUGUCGGCCGGAACGUCGCAGGUCGUCGUGGCGCGCUGCGAGUCGGCCGACGGCCAGCCGGCGGCCCAGAUCGACUGGGAGACGGCGGCCAAGGGCAACUUCACCACCACCGCGAAGCCGGGCGUGGACAACACGCUGACCGUGGUCAGCGAGUACCGCAUGGUCCCCACUGCCGAGGACAACGGCGCUGACAUCAAAUGCAUCAUCACCCACCGCACGGAGGACAAGGCCCAGAUCAUCCCCAUGAAGUUGUCCAUUGAGUUUCCCCCGACGGCCAACAUCGUGGGCUACGACAGCAACUGGUACAUCGGCCGCACCGACGCCGUCCUUACCUGCAUGACCACUGGAAACCCACCGCCCACCAAUGUCACCUGGAGAGUUGUGUCGGGAGAGAUGCCGGACACUGUGCAGAUCCGGGAGAACACCCUGACCGUCCAGAAGGUGGAUGACGCCGUGAACACCACCUUCGUGUGCGAGGCGAAAAACCGCCUGGGCUCCAGCCAGGCCCAGAUCACGGCCUUCGUCACCGAGCCGCAGGUCAGCCCCUCCAAUGCCGGCCUGGUGGCGGGCGCCGUCAUCGGCAGUCUCCUGGCCCUCCUAUUGCUCGGCGCGCUCAUCUUUGUGCUGGUCACCCAUAGCCGCCGGCAACAGCGGGGUUACCGCGGCAACGGCGGCCCAGGCGCCUUCGGGCACAAGAAGGCCAGCAAGAACGGCACUGGGGGCAACAACAACGGCCCCAUCUACACGUACCGGGAGGGCGCCCCAGGGGCGCUGGCGGAGAGGCCCAAUGACCCUCUUGGAGGCUCCACCCCCACCGCUCAUGACAUCCUGCUGAGCAGCGAGAUGGACGAGGCGGAGCGGAGGAAGUUCGAUGCAAUGGAGGAUGAGGAAGAGGAGGAGGUGGAAAGGUACGACCACUUCGGAGGAGGAGGAGGGGGAGGAGGCGGGCCCUCCGUCUACAUCGGCCGGCACGACGACGUGGGCGGCUACCUGGACGAGUACGACAUGGAGUCCCAGAGGGACGGCUCCAUCAUCUCCCGGACUGCCGUCUACGUCUAGGGAAGAUGGAGGCAAGGAAGGAGGAGGAAGAGAAGGAGGGCGGAGACGAACCGAAAGCCAACAGCGAGCCCUCCUCCAGAGGACGCACCCUCUCCCCCAAUAAUGGAAAUUCAUUUUCAUUUUUAGUUUUUUUUUUUUUUUUUUUAAUGGGACACACAGAAAAAAAGAGGGGGGCAAACUGACUGAUGGGUAGAAAAGAAGGGAGACCGCGUCUGAGAGAACUAUCAGGGCAAACACCGUAGCCCUCAGUGUCGAUGUCUGUGGAAGAUUCAAAACGGCUUCCUUCAAGCUGCUUACUCCAUGUCACUUAUAUCAAACGCUUCAAAACGUCAAGAGACUUCAAAAGCGCUGGCUCUUUCUGUUGGAAAAACAUUGUCGUUAUCAAAAAGUGAAAUUUUAUUGCAUGACAAGAACUUAUCAAUCAAACCUUUCUGUGCUGUCUUCUGUUGUAAACGCAAACGCUACAGCAUUUACCACCCUCAUAACUGCUACUGUCGGCGGUCGUACUUAAUCAUUUGUUUUUGUAGCGGAAUGUUGUUUCUGUUUUAUGUGAAGAGUGGCACAGGGUAUUCUGGUAGAUGAAAGAAGGGGGAAUGAGAAUAAUUGCAGACAUUUUCGGUGGUUGAAACGAAGCUGAACUGUUCCCAGCUCUGGGGUUUCUCCACCUUGUCUGUCGCCACAGCGACAGCCACGGCGACCGGCCUCGGCCGGGUUUCAAGUUAGGUCUGCGUUGCGUCAGUCAAGCCAGUCACGCAAGCCGAGAGCCCGGCUUCUCCCCUCACCUUGAAAUGGGAGCCUGAACGGAGCAGGAUGUUAUCCUCGCUUACCAGCCGUGCGUCAGUCUCAGUAACCCGGUGACAACAGUGCUCUCAUCUGAGAUAAUUAUGCACGG